UGUUUCCACCCGUCUCCCGCCUCUGAGCCUCUGCGCUCUUGCGCCCCACGGUCAAACCUUGGAACGCAUCACUUCCAUUUUCAAGCAUGCCGAUGUGGCCCUUUGGUCGGCGUCGUCGCAACACAGAGGGUCCGCAUUCCACUGCCGCCGAACGCAAGCCAAUUUCGGAGCAUGUCCGCCCAGGAACCCCAACAUCCCAGUCACCAGGCCUGGCGCGUAAAAAUAGCUCGAGGCAUAGUCGCAGGAGAAGAAGAAAGUCGUCGCCCCACAGUAUUCGAAACCUUGCGGCUGCAAAAGAAAAUCAUCAUCAUCAACCCGACACUGCCCAUGCCAACAACCCACCUGCAGACUACGACACUUCCUCCUCCCAUUCACCGACUCGUGAGAGGAACGCGCGCGAUAAACGUCUAACUGCCUUGCCCUCUUCACCUGUCCUCGCCACCAGUCCGCAUUUGCGACCCAUUACUCUGCGCGAAACACCAUACAACUUCAGUCUUGACAACAAUGCUGAUUCGGCCAUGAGUCUUCCCAACGCCCGCGAACGGGGCAAGUUGCAGCGGCCUCAGUCGCUGCGAACACCCGACACUCUUACUCGGCGCAAGUCCAUCAAGAGGAAGCCAGACCCUGUACGAGAAGAAGAGAUUAGACAGAUGAUGGCGCCGGUUUCUAUCAAACGACCUGCGACUUUUUCUGGGAGCAUCCUACGACGUGACACAAAAAAGAUGAGAGGCGGCCUGAAUAGAAAUUUCGAACGUCCCCCAUCCGAGGUGUCUCUACCAAUGCAGGGCUCUGUUCACUCGUCCAUGUCAGGCUACUCAGAACUCAAGGGAUUCAGGGUCUCUGCCCUUGAUGUGUUUUCAGCCCGUCCCAAGCUUCGCUAUUCUGCAAGCGUUCAGCUCGAUUCGACUGCGCUUCAGCGAGCAUCUCCACCUCCGACCAGGACCAGUUCGAGGAAAGACAAGCAGCCCGAGUCGCGCAGGGAUAGCAACGAGAUGGACCGCAUUGGUGAGCUAGCCGAAGACAUGGACGCUAGUGAGCUGAGAGACGUCAUGGAACGAGACGCCCGUAGGCGUGCGAGAAAGAAGGAGCGCGAAGAAGAAAAGCUGAGACGCAAAUUGGAGCGAAGAGCAGAAAAACAACGAGCCAAAGAGGCCAGAGCAAGAGAGCCGAGGAGGGAGCCCGAGACUGGUGCACUCGAGAGAAGGUAUACAGCUCCGCAGGGUCUGGCGAUCGAGCAUGCCGUUUCACCAGUACCUACCACACCGCAAAGCCACAUACGACAUGAGACCUUGGAUGUCACGAUGCAAAACUCGGCUCAUCAUGACGAUGAUACCUAUGAGGCUAUCGAACAGCAUUAUGAUGACUCGGCGGUCCCUGAAUUCGCGCAUCCAGUACCUCGCUCGCCUUCGCCUCUCCGAACGCCCACAGAGGAGCCAAUCAUCGGUACUGCUCAAGCAAUCAACAUUAGAUUCUCCAGAGGGAGUAUGCAGCAAUCUCCUCCCCCACAGGAUAUCCAUGCUCGUAACAUUUCAAACAUCUCAUAUCUACCUGACCUCAUCUCUGAGGUUCAACCCCCGCCUGUGGAAGACCAUCCCGCUUUCAGAACCCAGCCGACAGACCAGUCAAAUGAACAGUCAAGCGAUGAUCGGCGUAGUGGUGCGGAUGGAAGAAGAGGCUCUGUAUCCAGCGCUAAACGAAUGGGUGGUUGGGCAUCCAUACUGCGCAAGGCGACGUUUUCAAGAAAGAAACCCUCAAAUAUAGUACGCUCGUCGCCAUCCCAGGCCUCAUUCUCCAACACCUCGAGGGAAUCUAUGUCUAGACAGCCUUUACCAGCACACCUCGUCCAGUCGAGUGCCGCCACGCCUCCGCCGCGGUCGGUCUCCAGGGCUUCAGGCACGCCUUCACGAACGAUGUCCAAAUUCCGUGAAGACCUCCCGGAAUUACCUCUGUCACCACCAGAUUCCAGAAUGCAAUCUCCAGAGGCCCUUGAUCUGACACCUCAUGUGCCUCAAUUAUCAGAAAGAAGAGGGAUGAAAGCGCCUGCUAAGAUUGAGACCGAGCCAACACAUCAGCAGGCCACGCCAGAGCCAGAAGAGACCAUCUCUGAGGAAAUGCCCGACUCGCCCUGGAAUGCGAGUCGACGCACCUCACGACUCAAGUCUCUCUCCAUGGCCUCGGUCGAUUCGGAGGCCUCGUGGCUCUCUGGAAGGCCAGUCAAGAGAGCUGCAACGCAGCGCUACAGAGGUAGCAUAUCUUCGAGACAGCAGACCGAGGCGUCUGCAGAGGAUGUCUUCGAGACGGCGAAUGAGUCGAGUGAAGAGCAUGAUGUACACGAGGACGAGUUCUUCCAACGACUGUCGCCCACGCACGACCGUCGCAUGUCGUUGUCCUCUGAUCCUCUCAAUCGAAAACCUAGCAGCACCAUGCUCGGCACGAUCGCAGCCGCACAAGAGGCGGAGGCAUUAGCGCUUGCUGAUGCCGUGCAACAUCCUGUAGGUAGACCACUAUCCGGCGACGAAGUGCUGCAUACCGGAAUUGCGAGAACGCCAACUGUCGUUCACCGAAUAUCGACUGCUCGAGUCAAGUCUAGUGAGGGUCUUGUGAACCUGUACGAAGGCAGCGACACGGCCAGAUCCACGCCGUCUCCCUUUGACCACGAGGCUGUUGCCGAAGAGCCGCCUGAGGGGCCUUCGGAGGCACAACAGGCACAAGCAAUUAUUCUUGAACGAGCCAAGAGUAUCGAUCUCGGACGACGACAUGGGCGGCACGUAUCAGCCGGAUCAGCGAAACUUUUGGACAUCAAGCGACUCUCAGCCAACCCUCCUGUUCCCGACAGCCCACGCACGCCAGCACCUGACAGCGCGUAUCAACAUGAGUGAAGUGGGAAACGUGUUCAUGAACCGUGCAGAUAGAUCCAAAGAGCAUGCAUCCUGUUGUCGAGUUAGCCACUCUUUUGAUUUUCUUUUGUUCUUAUUUGUCCUACGACACUCCUUGACUCUUCUUUGCGUUUAUUCGGAUUCUGUUUUGGCACAUGAUUCAUGCUCUUUGGCUAUCCGUACACGGUACGGAGCUCCUGGACACGUUUACCACAAGCAACCAUUUCAAGCACGGGUAUUGCUCACGUGCUGUCUCUUCAGCU